GGUUUAUAUAUCUUUUUCUUUUUUUUCUUUUAAAAAUUAAUUGCAAGUUAUUAUUCUGUUUUGUAAAAGUUACUUAAACUAUUUAAUUUUGUUUUAUGGAAAUUUGAGCUUUCAUUUAAAGUAAAAUUCGGUUUUAAAUAAUUAAUUACACAAAACCCAGUUAUGCAGUUUUAAGGUUUUUAUUGUUUAAACUUUUUAUAAAACUAGUUCUCAGGCAAUAUCCACUAUUAUACAUGGAUUAAUAUUAUUUGUUUCAAUUAUUUUUGUUAAAAUCAGCAAAGUUCGGAAAUAAUUUGUUCAGUUUAGGUUUUGGGUUUUACUGUUUAUUAAACUGGUUUUCACUUUUCACAAUGUUGAACAAACAAACCAUGCGGCGAGUAUCUUUUAUAUUGUAAGUUUUUACGAAGUAUUUCUUUGAUUGAUCAAGUUGUAGGAAUGGUUAGAUAAAAUAAUGAUGUUUAUAAUUCUUCUUAUUUUGGUUUAAAGUUAUUUAUAUUGAUAAUGUUAACUUAAACUUGUUUACAUUUUGUCAGUUCGAAUUUCCUUAGCCAAUGUUUACCUUCACUACUUAUUUAGUUAAAUGACUUUGUUUCGAUUUGUUUUUAAAUAGAGUGAGUAUUUUUAUAUUGUUUAAUCACUCUAUUAGUCACCAGAGUUAAGUAAGUUAGGGCACCAACCUUUGUAAUGCGUUAUGCAGAUAGAAAUGAUUUUUAUUGUACCUGGUGACUAUAUAUUUUGUUACAUUCUUAUCGGAGACCUGAAUAAAGCAGUAUAUUUUACUUAGCACUUCCCUGUGUCUAAUUUCAGAGUAAUCGUCCCAAACCUAUUUGGACUGGACAUUACGUCAUUAAGGGUCCUCUACACUGCCAGCGAGUCAAGUUCCCCAACUAUUCAAAUCGUACAAAAACACGACACGAUAACUGGUGGAGUAGAUCCAAAACCCGGAUUUUAUGAACUACAACCUAAGGAAAAGGAGCACCAAGAUGCCAACACCAUCCAAUGGAGGAAGAGAGUCACCAGUGGAAAACGAGACCACAGAGUUGGAACAAAUGAAAAAGACAUUACAGGAAAGGGAGAAAGAGAUAGCAGCCCUUCAGGAGAAGAAUGAAGAAUUCCAACUUAGAGAAAUGGAGAUACGUCGAAGAGAGUCUAGACAAAUUCAAGCGAGGGAGGAGGAGAUCGAGAACCUCCAAGAGCAACUACGACGAGGAAGCUCCAGACCACUACCCACAACCAUGUCUCAUGCUACGCCUAAAGUAAAGUUAGACAAGUAUGACGGAAAGACGUCCAUCAUUCAGUGGUGGCUUAAGUUCAUCACAUUCAUAAACCUCCAACGCCUGACAGAGAAAAUGGCCAUCGAGACGCUACCAUUUUAUCUAGCCGGAGCUGCGGAGUCAUGGUUCUUUUCGCUUGACGAGGCAUUUAAACAUUCUCUGUCCACCAUCAAGGAAGCCAUCCAUCAACGAUUCCAACCAUCCUCCAGAAAUAAUCUUCAACUGAUGGAUGUGAAACAAAAACAAACUGAAUCGGUGGAGGAUUUUAUACAUAGGGUAACUCAGAUGACUACCGAUAGACGAGUGGACCAGGAUUGGCUGAUCACUGUAAUCAUGAAUGGCCUGAAACCAGACAUAGGAGCCGAUGUGAUCAAAGUGGACCCCAAAUCCCUGGAGGAACUAAGAAAUGUGGCCGCCCGAGCUGAAGUUGCCGAGAGACGCCGGACCAACUCUCCUGCCCUACAGGAGAACACUAACCUUGCUCUUUUGAAUGCAUUGCAGGAAAUCAGAGAUGACAUGAAAGCUAACCAGAGGAAGUUUUCCCCUCAGCAGUCCCGGCGCCCUGGAAAGCCAAAGCCGCAACAAGGAUACAGACUACCACCUCCCCAGGCCUAUCAGCAGUCACCCCCGUGGCACCAGCAACCACCAACCCAAUGGCAGCAACCACCACCACCUCCUGGCCCACAGCCUGGAUACAAUCGACCACCCCAGCCUUACAACAACAAGGGGAACUUUGGAAUUCAACACUACAUGUUUGGGGUAUUCAUGAUGUUGUCCUUGUGUAUGGUGAUGGGCCAAGCAAGUCAAGUGGAUCCAUCUACUACCAAUGUCAUACAGCGUAUCAACUAUGGUGUUAUUUUUCAACAACAGUCAAAAAUCAUGUUAGCUCAAGAGUAUUGGCUGCAUACUUUUCAUAUUCCUUUGCCAACAAGAUUUAAGGUCAAAAAGGUUCCUUUUUGUUCACUUGGUAAUACUCACGAAAUAGCUUCUUGUUUGCUACUAAACAAUUUGGCUAACUUUAUCCAUGGUCUGCAUGAAGAAACUUUAUUACAUUUCAAUGAAACAUUGCAAUCCAUUAGAAAUAUGAUCCCUCAAACAAAACUUAUAAGUAAUCAAAGACAAACACGUGCACUUUUGCCCUUUAUUGGAUCUUUGUCAAAAAGUAUAUUUGGUACGGCAACCAUGGAUGACGUUAACAUUUUAGCUGGUCAUAUCAAUGCUUUAAAUAGAAAAACAGAAACUUUAGCUAAAGCUUUGGAACAGCAUGGUUCACAUCUUUCAUCUUUUAUUUCACUUACGGAUAAACGAAUGAAAAAUCUGGUACAUGGAAUAAAAUCAAAUUCUGAUUAUAUAACGAGUGUAGCAACUGCUUUUAAUAACAAAUUGUACAAUCUUGAGGCUGCUUUUACAAAUGUGUCAGAAAUUCUUAUCAACCAGGUGAAUCAAGCUACAUUACUUAGAUCAAAAUUCACUAAGUUAGAAAAUGCAGUGGAAAAUCUCUUGGAAGGAAAAAUUAGUCCAUUUCUUAUUCCAAAACACAUUUUGUCAAAAGUUAUUUCUAAUAUUCGGCAUAAACUUAGAAAGUCAUAUCAGAAAUUCUAUUUGGUUCAACUUGAUGCCUCUUUCUACUAUUCAGGUGGAAAAUUUCUGUUUGCAAGACAUAAUAACAAUUUGUUUAUCACGGUAAAAUUUCCAAUUUCUUCCCAGAGACUUCCACUGAAUUUAUACAAGGUAAUCAGUCUGCCUGUACCCACUUCAGAGAAUGUUACCUCUAAAAUGCAAGCUACACAACUUUUGUCCUUGUCAGAUUAUUUUGCGAUCACACCUCAUCAUGAUUAUUUUUUGUCUUUAAACUCAAAAGAGUUGACAGAUUGUGUACAUGGGACUUCUAUUUUAUGUUAUUCUAAUUGGGCCCAGUCGCCUAUAACUGUCCCUGACUGUACCAUGGCUUUGUUCGCAAAUGAUGUUAGAAAAAUUAAAGAGUUAUGCAAUUUUAGAUAUCUUCAAAAUCUAUUGAAAUCCAACAUUUUGGAAUUAUCUCCAACUUCUGUGCUGUUAUAUAACACUCCCACUGUAAUUUUAGAUUGCCCAAAAGAAAAGAAGGUUUUGAAAGGUUGUGCUUUUUGUGUAGUGCAUAUUCCAUGUAGGUGUUCUUUAUCCACGGAAACAUUGUUCUUUGCCCCACGCUUGGUCAAUUGUUAUAAGUCAUCAUCAAAUUUUUCUGUUAUUCACCCUGUAAAUUUAGCCCUUUUACAAGAAUUCUUUGAUGAGUCUAAAUUGAGUCAUGUUUUUGGAAAUACUUAUUUUCCCACACCUAUAAAUAUGUCCAUUCCUGAAUUUGUGUUUUACAACCAUACUAUGCAUGAUGUUUUAGCCAAUGAUCAAAAAGCCCAUUUGAAUUUGAAGAAAAUAGCAAAAGCUGUAAAGAACGACCAGAAAAUUUUUAAAUCUCUUGCUGAACCUUUGUUAGAUGGCCAAAUUGAAAUUCCUCAAGAAUGGCCCAAUACCUCUGACAUCAUUACUUUAGUGUCUUUAUGCUUAGCAGGUUUAUGCUUAAUAGUAUGUAUCUUAUUAUGCAUCAAGGUCAGAAAAAUUUGCACUACCUUAUUAAUUUUGAAAGAGGUCCAACAUGCUUCCUCUAAGGAUAUCCCCUCAUUUAUUUAUAGAAAACCUGUCACGG